AAUUUAAGUUGAUCAGACCAUCAGUAUCGGCCGGACGUGCUUACAGAUUGUACGCUUCUAUCGCUUAGUAUUCUACUCAUUGAUUCAAAUUAUACUUUUUCAUAUAUAUAUAUAUAUAUAUAUAUACGCACGCAAACACACACACGCACGCACGCACGCACUGAUUUAUUAAUAUCAUGCUACGUCUUCUUCGCAUACUACUAUGUUGUAUUUCCAUUUUGCAAGUAUUAUCUGAAGAUUUUGAAUGCAAAAAACCGGAAUGGUUCCAAUGCGAUAACGGGAGAUGCAUAUCGUAUACUUUCGAAUGUGACGGUGAAAACGAUUGUGACGAUCUGUCAGACGAAAAGGAAUGUUUCAAUUUCAAACUUAAACCACCGCCGGUAAAUUGCAGUACGGAGGAGUUUAAAUGCGACGACAACACCUGCAUACCGAUCGAGAAAUUUUGCGACACAUGGAACGAUUGCAGCGAUAACAGCGACGAGUACAACGGUUGCAUUAAAGAUAAACAAUGUAAGAAUUUCCGAUGCAACGAUGGCCAUUGUGUAAGAAACGAAUGGGUUUGCGAUGGAACGAAGGACUGUCCGGACGGUACCGAUGAGAUCAAUUGCGAUGGCAUUUCUUUACCGCCUAACAAAUGCACCAAUGAGAUCGAUCGUUAUCUUUGUAAAAAUCAACGAUGUAUCUCGAUGAAUCAAACAUGUGAUAAGAAAGAUGAUUGUGGUGAUAAUUCAGAUGAAGAUUUUGAUGAGUGUACGAAAUCUGAGAAUCUCUGUUCACACGUUCAAAAAUGUGAACAAAUUUGUAGAAGAACACCGAGAGGUCCUGCUUGUUCCUGCUGGUCAGGAUACAAGUUAAUAAACAACCGCACCUGUGAAGAUAUAAACGAAUGUGAAAUAUUUGGAACCUGUUAUCAACAUUGUACGAACAAUGCUGGAUCUUACAUUUGUUCCUGCAAUCCAGGCUACAAUUUGCAAGAAGAUAAGAGAAGUUGCAAAGCCGACGCUGGAGAAGCAUUAAUGUUUUUGGCCUCGAAAACAGAGAUUCGUGGAUAUUAUAUAGACUCAAAAAUAUAUUUUCCCGUACUUAACAAUUUGCAACACGCUGUUGGAAUAGCCGUUGAUGCAGAGAAUAUUUAUUGGACAGAUGUUAAUCAUGGUGAAGAAGCUAUAUUUAAAAGUGAUCAGUAUGGGACAAAUAAAACAGUGAUCGUUACUGCAGGUGUGAGUACAUCAGAAGAUGUAGCAAUUGAUUGGGUAACUGGAAAUAUAUACUUCACUGAUAGUUCAUAUAAACGUAUUGGAGUAUGCGAUGAAAAUGGAACAUAUUGUACAGUAGUGAUCAAGGAAAAUAUAGAGAAACCAAGAGCUAUAGUUCUUUCAUCUAAAUCUGGUAUAAUGUAUUGGUCUGAUUGGAGCUCGAAUUCCCACAUUGCAAUGGCAUCGAUGGAUGGAAAAAAUCAUAUUAAAUUUGUCAAGGAUAAUAUUAAUUGGCCAAAUGGUUUAACGAUUGAUGAUCCAAAUGAUAGAUUGUAUUGGGUCGAUGCAAAAUUAAAAAUUAUUGAAUCUAUACGUUUGGAUGGUAGAGAUAGGAGAACAAUAUUAACCGAUGUGAUAAACCAUCCGUAUUCUUUAGCGAUUUUUGAAAAUAAAUUAUAUUGGAAUGAUUGGUCCUCGAACACCAUAGAAUCCUGUGAUAAAUUCACAGGAAAGGAUUGGAAAACUUUGCUUCAUACGACUAGUAUGACUUAUGGGAUUCAAAUUUAUCACUCUGUUUUUAAACCAAAAAUUUUAAAUCCAUGUAGUUAUAAUCCUUGCUCACAAAUUUGCCUGUUGAAUUCAAAUAAUAGUUACACUUGUGCUUGUACAUUGGAUACAGAACUUGCUGCUGAUAAUCACGCUUGUAGAGUGAUUAAGAAGAAAGAACAUAUUAUGAUCGCAAGUGGAAGUACUUUUAUAGAUUACUAUCAUGAACUUCUGGGUAAACCGAAAAUGAGCUCAAGUAAAACAAUGAAACAUAUCACUGCUUUGGCAUAUGACUCUUUAACAGGUGACAUUCUUGUCAAUGAUCAACUCACAAAUAUGAUUUAUCGUUACAACAUGAGUACCGGUCUCUUCGAAAGUAUAAUGACUGUGUCUAAUGAGGUACUUGGUGACAUGGAUUUUGACUUUGUUGGUAAUAAUUUAUACUGGUCUGAUAUAAAACAGAAGACUAUUGAAGUUCAUAGUUUUGAUACAAAAGGGAAGACUGUCUUUUACUUUCACGAGGAACCGCAUGAUAUCUCAUUGGCAUUUGAAGAACGAAUGAUGUACGUAGUAUUUCGUUCUGGUGACGUAUAUCGUAUACAUAAACUACAAAUGAAUGGACUGGGUCCACGAGUAACUUUAGUGGAUCAGAACUUACUUGGUCCAAAAAUUUCCUUGUGUUACGACAGUGAAACUAAGAGAUUAUAUUGGGCUGAUCAAGGUGCUGGUAAUAUUGAUAGUAUCUCUGGUCAAGGAGACAAUAAAUAUUUAUUUCGAACUGGUUUAUCAGAGCCAAUGAGCCUUGCAAUACUUGGAGAAAAUGUUUUUUGGACUCAACGAGAAUCUAACAAUUUAUUUUGGGGGCACAAAAACAAAGAUCUGCAACUUUUGAAGAAAAUUCCUUUGGAAAUACCCAAUAAAUUCAAUACAAUACAUUUAAUGGCUAUGCAUGGAGUGUAUUAUAACAAUAAUGAGCAAGGUUGUCGUAAAAAUAAUGGAAACUGUUCUCAUGUAUGUCUACCAACAGAUCAUAAUUCUUAUAUCUGUGCUUGCCCACCAGGAAUGAUGUUGAAUCAUGAUAUGCAAACGUGUAUCCUUCAGUCAGUUUGUGCAGAGGAUGAAAUUAAAUGUUCAGAACACGAUACCUGCAUAAAAUUGAAACAAAAAUGUGAUGGAAGAAUGGAUUGUCCUAAUGGUGAAGAUGAAUCAAAUGAAUGUGAUCGUAUUGGAUUAUGCGAAAAAAAUCAAUUUGCCUGUAGAAAUGGAGAAUGCAUAAGUCUUGAAAGUCAUUGCAAUUCACGUUACGAUUGUAAGGAUCAUUCGGAUGAGGAAAAUUGUACUGCUGUUAAAUGUACAUCCGAUGAAUUCGAGUGCCACGAAGGUGGCUGCAUAUCAAAGUAUUUUGUUUGUAACUCCAAGUUUGAUUGUCCUGAUUUUUCCGACGAAAUGAAUUGCAACUCGCAUACUUGUUCUUCCAAUGAUUUUAAGUGCGAUAUUGGUACAUGUAUUCCGAAUAGUUGGGUCUGUGAUGGUGAUAUCGAUUGCUAUGAUGGAUCAGACGAAGAUCGAAAAUGUAUACAAACCAUUUGCAAGGACAAUUUAUAUACAUGUAAGAAUAAUCAUUGUAUAGACAAAUUGUUACUUUGCAAUGGUCUCGAUGAUUGUGGUGAUAAUUCUGAUGAAGAUCAUUGCUCGCAUGGGGAAAAAAUGAAACUCGUAAUUUGUAAUAAGGACGAAUUCAGAUGCUACGAUACUAAUAUAUGUCUUCCUAAAAGUAAAAGAUGUAAUGGUCAACAGGAUUGUCCAAAGAACGAUGAUGAACAUGAUUGUCCAAAUUGUCAACAUGGUGAAUACACCUGUGAAAAUAAUAAAUGUAUAACGCAAGAAUGGGUAUGCGAUAAAUUUGAUGAUUGUGGUGAUAGUUCUGAUGAAAAGUAUUGUAGCGGAGAUAGCUUGAAAAUUAAGGGUAUAGUCUCCAAGAAUGAUUGUAAAGAGUUUCGUUGUAAUGAUGGCAAAUGUCUUCCUUUUAGCAAAGUUUGCGAUAAAUACGAAGAUUGUUCAGAUGGCAGCGAUGAGUUUAAAGAAUGCAUGCAGGCAUGCAUGAUAAACAAUCCCUGUAAACAUGUGUGUCACAAAACACCAUUAGGACCUGUUUGUGCUUGUAAUACUGGAUAUCGUUUAGCUCCUGAUAGAGUAAGUUGUGUCGAUGUAAAUGAAUGCGAGGACAGUGUAUGUUCUCAGAUUUGUCAUAAUACUCAAGGCUCAUUCAUAUGUUCUUGUGAAAGUGGAUAUGUUUUACAAAAGGACAAAAUUUCUUGUAAAGCUACUGGCUCACAAAUGGAGAUAAUAACAGUUGCUGGAUAUGACGUGAGAAAAAGUACGUUGACAUUGAGCGAGAUUGAGGUCAUCCAUCAUGAUCCAAAUUUCGAGAUUUAUGGGCUCGACAUUAAUGUGAAAGAAAACGCUGUUUAUUGGUCUAACGUUAUACUUGGAACAAUAACAAAAAUAAAUGUCAAAACAAAAGAAAAAAAGAUAGUUGAUGUUGGAAGACCUGGAGCUAUUGCAGUUGAUUGGAUAACGGACAAUGUUUAUUUUUACAGUGAUAAUCGUCCAUAUGCUAUCAAGGUAUGCAAUUUGGAACAAGGAAAGUGUGCAAAAGUUUUGACUAUCAAUGGAACUGGCAAAGUACAAUCGAUCAGCGUUGAUCCAAUCAAAGGCUUGUUAUUUUGGAGUCAAACUGAUUGGCUGUCACAAAGUGGACCAAGAAGUGAAAUAUAUAAAUCAAGUAUGACUGGUACACAUGUUACAGCAAUAGUUACUCGACAUCUCGGCGUUGUUCAAAAACUAACAAUAGAUUAUAGAAAAUCACGAUUAUAUUGGGGUGACACGCAAUUAAAUGUUAUUGAAUCAUCAAACUUAGAUGGUUCUGAUCGUAAAAUAUUUUUAGAAACAGAGUUUCAACCUUUGGAUGUUAAAGUCUAUCAAGAUUCUCUUUACUGGUUACUUUCCAAUACAGGUAACAUAAGGAAAUGUAAAUUAAAUAGCAAGACUACUUGUACAACUGUUGUUGGUUCUCAAAUUGUUACUAAACAUUUCACCAUUUUUCAUAACACCAUGCAACCAUUAGUACGGAACAAAUGUCAAGGUCAGGAAUGUGCUUACAUGUGCCUACUGAAUGAACAAAAUUUUACAUGUUUUUGUCAAUAUGGUAAACCAAUAGAUAACGAUUUUGCAUGUAAGGAAGAUUCAAAAAUAUAUAUUUCAUCAAUAUCGUUAAAUGAACAAAAGAGAGCUAAUACUCAAAACAAAGGAACGAUAGCUGGCAUAGCUAUUGUAUUGGUCGCAGUAAUCACCAUUUUAUCUGCUUAUUAUUACUAUCAACAACUGAAAAUAAAUCGUAGGAAGAAAAAUGAUAUGAGUAUUCAUUUUCAAAAUCCUUCCUAUGAUGAAAAAAAUGAAAUUCGGAAUUCAUUCAAUUGUAUGAUAUCAGCCUUACCACCUGGUGAACACGAAUACAUCAAUCCAAUAAUUAAUAUAUCAAGCAAGUUUGACGAUCAGGAAAAGGAAAAACAAAAAAUAAUCGAAGUUCAAUAUUCAGAUCAUUCAGAAAGUGAAAUCGAAGAUACACAAUACUCACAAAAUUCAAAACUGUUACGUUAAAGUAAGAAUAAAAUAAUUCAUAGAAGAAUCUUAUCAAUAAAAAAAGAGAUUAAAAGAU